UUGGAGACGGCCCCCUCUACCUCUACCUCUGUGGCCAGUAAGAAACCAGUCCAUUCUCUAGUGAAGCAUCCUGCACCAGCAGCCUCUCACACCCUCUCCAGGCCUAGGAAAAGAGCCACUGAUAAGGAACAGGACCCCACCUGUGCAGCCGCCACACUCCGCCUCUUUAAGCAGCGCCAACCCCACGCACCUAGCUCCAGGUGACCCCUCUCUGCUUCACUUAAUAACUUUAUAUGUUUAUAAGAUCAUGUAUGUUUACAACAUAUAUUGCACUAUCCCUUCUAGUUCAACUCCAUUGUAUUGUUGACAUGAAUUGGGAUUUGGGACUGCUACUUGGAAAUAUUUGGUGUCAUGGCCAAAGAGAAGAACCACAGCCUCAACUACUUGUAACUGCCUGUUGUUUUCCAUCUCUCUCUUUAGCUCUGCAGCAGGAGGUAGUACGGACCCCACGGACCAGGCUAGUGACUCCAGUGAAGAGAGGGAGAAAGCUCCAAUCAUCCCCUUCGGUCUGGACCUCUAUUACUGGGGAGAGGAGCAACCCACCGCAGGCAAAAUCAUCAAAUACAUACAGCCUCACACCACCCUCAAUGACUAGCAUAUUUUAUUAGAGUAUACCUUGAAAUGGGCAACUGGGACGUCUCGGGUUCAACUACUGCACAGAACUUAACUUUUCACAAAGUUUUUAUUGGCAUUGAUAUAGCACCAGAGCACUAUUGUCUGUUCUGAGGCAUUGUAAAUCUCUGUUAUUAGUUUUUAAAUGUAAAGAUUAUGAGUUAUGAAAACAGACUCUCCCAUAAUAAUUCAACUAAAUUUUCAGCUAUUAGCUAUAAAAUUGCUACAGAUGAAUGUUAAUAAAGAACAGGUCAGUGCAAAUGGAACGUUCCUCACACCUCUCCCUCUAUCCUGGUGUCUAGGAAUAGCUCUCAGCACCAGUUCUGGGUUCCCAACUAGAUAAAGGAGGAGUUGGAGAAUGAGGAGUUCGCCGUCCAGAUGAAGUCCAGGUACACUAUAUAUACAAAAGUAUGCAGACAUCCCUUCAAAUGAGUGGAUUCGGCUAUUUCAGCCACAACUGUUGCUGACAGGUGUAUAAAAUCGAGCACACCGCCAUGCAAUCUCCAUAGACAAACAUUGGCAGUAGAAUGGCCUUACUGAAGAGCUCAGUGACUUUCAACGUGGCACCGUCAUAGGAUGCCACCUUUCCAACAAGUCAGUUAGUCAAAUUUCUGCCCUGCUAGAGCUGCUAUUGGGAAGUGGAAACGUCUAGGAGCAACAACGGCUCAGCCGCGAAGUGGUAGGCCACACAAGCUCACAGAACGGGACCAUCGAGUGCUGAAGCUCGUAGCGUGUAAAAAUCACCUGUCCUUUUUUGCAACACUCACUACCAAGUUCCAAACUGCCUAUGGAAGCAAUGUCAGCACAAUAACUGUUCGUCUGGAGCUUCAUGAAAUAGGUUUCCAUUGCCGAGCAGCCGCACACAAGCCUUAGAUCACCAUGCGCAAUGCCAAGCGUCGGCUGGUGAGGUGUAUAGCGCGCUGCCAUUGGACUCUGGAGCAGUGGAAAUGCAUUCUCUGGAGUGAUGAAUCACGCUUCACCAUCUGGCAGUCAGGCGGACGAAUCUGGCUUUGGCGGAUGCCAGGAGAACGCUACCUCCCCGAAUGCAUAGUGUCAACUGUAAAGUUUGGUGGAGGAGGAAUAAUGGUCUGGGGCUGUUUUUCAUGUAUCGGGCUAGGCCCCUUAGUUCCAGUGAAGGGAAAUCUUAAUGCUACUGCAUGCAAUGACAUUCUAGACAAUUCUGUGCUUCCAACUUUGUAGCAACAGUUUGGGGAAAGCCCUUUCCUGUUUCAGCAUGACAAUGCCCCCGUGCUCAAAGCGAGGUACAUACAGAAAUGUUUUGUCGAGAUCGGUGUGGAAGAACUUGACUGGCCUGCACAGAGCCCUGACCUCAACCCCAUCGAACACCUUUGGGAUGAAUUGGAACGCUGACUGCGAGCCAGGUCUAAUCUCCCAACAUCAGUGCCCGACCUCACUAAUGCUCUUGUGGCUGAAUGGAAGCAAGUCCCUGCAGCAAUGUUCCAACAUCUAGUGGAAAGCAUUCCCAGAAGAGUGGAGGCUGUAAUAGCAGCAAAGGGGGGACCAACUCCAUAUUAAUUCCCAUGAUUUUGGAAUGAGAUGUUCGACGAGCAGGUGUCCACAUGGUUUUGGUCAUGUAGUGUACAUCACAUUCGCUGGCCGCUUCCAGCCUGUCAAGCACAGGUGCAAAGCCCCCAUGCCCAAUGGAGCCCUCUGUGAAGGCCAGGACCGAGUCAAAGUGAGCAAGAUGAGUUUUUGGUGAAGCAUUACAACUGACAUGGUAAUUUCAAUUUUGUAUAUAUUUGUUGAGAUUCUAAAGAACACAUAAUGAAUGUUACUUUUAGUUACUGGUAAGUGAGGCUUUGCAGAAUUAGAGUGAAAGUGGAGUGUAGAGGAUUGUUGUUGUUGAUGAUGCUGAAAAUGUUGUGUGUCAUCACACGAGACGAUCUGGGAAAACCCACCAACCCAGAGGACACUGUGCGCCGGGAGAAAGAGGAGAGGAAACUUAGAGAGGAGCAGCCUGGUGAGGGACAUAGGAGUGGUCCUAUUAGAUCCCUUUCCUUUUAAAAAUUCCAAAAAUAUCAAGUAACUGCAACUGAAAAAAAGUAAUUGUAUAAUUCUCUAGCUCACAGCAGUCAGUAAUAUGGCACUAGUCAUUGGCAACAUGCUAAAUAUUUUGAUUGUGUUGAUAGGUUCCCUUCAAUAAAGUUAUUACCAAUAGCUGCCCUAUGCAGUAGCAGCCCUCUCUGGUCUAGUCUGUGAUAAAGAAGGAGAGCCAGAGACAAUGGAAACACUUCCUUCCUCUGACUCCCCCAGUUUUCUCCCUCGGAACUCUCCAUCACUCCCAGUCCCAUCCCGUCACGCAAAGGAGAGGAGCAAGACAGCACCACAGCGCCAGAGUCAGGGGACCGGGGGGGGGGUGGGCCUUUUUGGUUCAGUAAAAGAUGAACUGAUGGAAUCACAGGCUUCAUCAAUAGCCCUGAUAAUAGGUUGGGCUGCUGUGUCUGGCUCUGGGCUCUGGCUCUCUCUUUCUCUCUCCCUCUCCUGGAGGCCGCGCUAAAAGCCAAUUAAGCGUGUGUUGGCUGCUGCCAGCGGGGCGUCGGAUGUGCUUUCUCUGCCUGCAGUCACUUGUUAACAAACAGGUAUCAGGGCCAGCUGACUCGGGGCGGCCGCUGGCCACUCGCUUGUGAAAUAGCAUCUUUUGUAACUAACUACGCUAUUGAUCCCCUACUCCAUCAGCCCUGCAGACCCAUCCCAUCCAGGCACUGCCACACAGUGUGUCUCUGCCUCUCUGAGCUCAGCACAGCAGCAGGCCCUCCCACUGGUCCGCCAAGCCACCCGCCAGGCACCAACUGUAUGAGGACCUGCAGAGGUCCAUCAAUCCUCUCACUGCCUGCCUGGUCACUCCACUCGCUCUCCUUGAGCACUAUUGAUUUUUGCUCAAACGCCCUCAAAUAGUUUCUUAGUGUGGCCCCACACACUCAUAGGUUGUAUUUUAUAUUCUAUAGUAACCGAUUUAUGGGUCUCUGACUGUUGCCAGUCUGAAAGAGAAGUAGACCCUGGCUUGUAGACAUUGCAGCACUUUUAUCUAUCGAUGGCAACUCUAUUCUUAAUUUUAACUCCAUUGUCUACCCAUUCCAAACUCUUAAAACAGGAUUGGUCAGGCUGCCAUAGAUUAUCAAGUUAACACUGUUUACAAUUGCAUGUUGAAGAAGACUUCGAUGUCUGAGAGAAUGAGUGACAGUUCAUGAUCCAUCUUUGUACAUUAAGAUUUUAAUUAGAAUUCCCAAUUAUAGUCUUGACAUUUAGUUAAUUUGCUAUGUGGCUCGUACUUAAUUUAGCAAAAGCUGGAAUAUUUUAUUAAAUGAUACUCCAGGCUUGUAUUGAUGAUGUAUUUCAAUACAGUUAUUAUAGCAGCUAUUUUUCACACUCUAAAACCACCAGGUUAUCCCGCUGAAAUUACAUUUACAUCAGAUGAAUAAUUAAUUAUCCACUUUAGUUAUGGUUAAAAAACCACAGUCUCUAACUGUUUAUGUUUUGUGUGUAAUAACGGUAGUGUACGCGUAUGGUACCUCUACCGCCCGUAGGCCCAGGCCGGGACCAUGCUCCUGAGGCUCUGUCUAUAUGUAGUGUCAGUCCAGGCUCCCAGCUGCCUUUGUGGUGGUUGGUCUGUAUGGUGUGUCUGUGUGGCCUGUCCCUGGCGGACAGGCGGGUGGAUGGGCACAGCUGGAGUGGAAUCGAGGCUGUUGACAGAGAAAAGGCCCCUGCUGCAGGGGCUUCAGACAGCUUAACUUAAUAAGGGCUCUCUCCUCUCAUCCUGGGGAUGGGAACGAAAGCACACAAAAGGCAGGACUUAACCACAGAGGGAUCACAGGGCUCAUGUAAUAGGGGGCUUUCACCAUCCCAACCCGACCCUGCCUGCCACCCCAGGGGAGAUGAACACUCCCCCACCCCAAAUUAAUUUGUAACUAAAAUUGGUGCCCCUCUUUUACAGGCUUUCACAAAAUGUCACUCUCAGGGGUGAUUGAGGAGAGCCCUAAUACAGGACCCAAAAUAGCAACAAAAAAAUCAAUUAUUUUCUCGUUUGUUGCCGUUAUGAGGCUGAGUUGAUGGUGCAGUUAACCUAUUCCAUCAAGGUUAGCCGUAGCCUUGGAGUGGGCCAUCACAGCCAUGAUUAAUCCCCCAUACCAUCACCAUCCUCCUGUAGGACCUUGAAACACAUACUGUCUGUCUGGGCCCUGGGCUGGCUGCAUGUCUCUGAAACCGUCUCUUACAGCCUAUGUUGUCUCUAUGAGGCAUUUUACGUUAGACCUUUAUUUAAAACCAUAAUCGAGUAUUUGUAUUAGGUGGUCUCAAAAAUAUAAAUGUUUUAUUGCCACAUACACUGGAUAGGUGCAAUGAAAUGUGUUGUUUUACAGGGUCAACCAUAGCAGCACGACACCCCUGGAGCAAAUUAGGGUUAAGUGCCUUGCUCAAGGGGUAUUCCAAGUAGCGGGUAUUCGACCCAGCGACCUUUCGGUUACUGGCCCACACUCUAACCGCUAAGGUACCUGCUGCUCUGUAUUUGAAUGUGUCCUGUAUUUGAAUGUUUGGACAUGCUCUUCUUCUGGUCCAUCCAAGUGGUUGAAGAAAUGGAGGUUUAUGUCAUCUUGAGUGUCUACAGUAUGUGAUUGGAUACACACGAUCAUGUUUAGGGGCUCUAUUCAAUAUGUAUCACUGAAGCUUUACACCGGAAAUCCAUUUAGCACGUUGGGGGGGGUGGGGGGGGGUUGGGGGGGGGGGGGGGUGAUGAAACAACUGAGCCCUAUUAAUUUUCAAUGAAGGGAAGCGAAGUGGGCGGGGACCGUUGGACUUUGCAAGCUUUGUUGAGGGAGUGUGAACAGGGCGGGACCAAAGUUGGGGAAAGCUGAACUUUUGUUGUGCACUCCGUGACAUUGCGUUGCUAUUGGCCAAUCGAAGCUCACUAUAGUUUCCAGCCCCUACUGGAUUGACUGGUGAUACCACCUAGUACUACCUAGCCUGCUUGCUAGCACCAAGAUGAGGGUGAAGGUAGUGUGGCUAUCCAAAAUUACGCGUUCAAAGGAUCUCAGUUGUUACAGAUUGCAUGCUAGAAAUGUGAAGGUAAUUUCCAAUUGAGCCGAAAUAUGCAGCCUUUACCGUGAAUGCAGUCUACCGCCAACGCGGGACCCAUAGCCUUUUAAUUUCAAUAACGCUGUAAAGCUGAAUACUGUAAUACUGAUUGAAUAGAGCCCUGAGUCUAGUAAUGGUUUAUUUUUGUACGUCUUUUUUUUUGGGGGGGGGGGGGGGGGGGGGGGGGGGGGGGCUGGCGGGACCCUGAGCUGAUGAGGGACAUAGAGUUUACCACUGGGGAGGACCUGGGGUCCUCCAAAACCUUUGGGAAGGGCAAGAAAGGCAAGGGGAAGGGCAAGAAGAAGAAGUACCCCAACCUCAGUGAUCUCAAGAAGAGUGUCAACAUUUCACGCUCCAGACUAGAGAGGAAGGUUAUCAACCCGUAAGUAGGCUACUCACUCAGCAACAAGUGGCUGUACCUUCUAUGUAGCCCAGGAGGUGCAGAGAGUACAAGUCAACCCCAACACAAUGGAUACAUGGCCUUAAAGUCACUAGUCGUUGGUGUAUUGAUGUUGUGAUAGAUGUAUUAUUAAAAAUAUAUACUGUAACCUUGUUGCACUUGGCUUAAUCAUCCCAUGUAACUUGAGAGGAUUAAUGAUUAUUCAAAACCCACCUAGACACUUACUGUUGGAUAAACAGUGUUUAUUAUAAAACAUAACCAUUAAUAAACAUAUGUAAUUCUAAACCUUUCAUACUUUAUUUUUCAGGAGCUCCAUGAGG